AUGCCACCAAAAGCGGGAUCGUCGUCGGCGAAGGCGACUCCGCGCACACCCAAGACGGCGGGAAAGAAAGCGAAGGAGCAAGAGGCGAGGAAGGAGCGGGCAGCGGAAAGGGAGAAGGCCAAGGAGCAGGCGACCGCCCAGGAAGGGGGAAGGAUGGGGUCAGCAGCCAAAGGGAAGGGCAAGGCCAAGGGCACCAAGCGAAAGAUUACAAGUCGGGAGUUUGUCGAUUCGGACGAGGAGGGUGAGCGAGAAGACGGGGGUAGCAAGGAGAAGGAUGGGCCACCGGCGAAGAAGGCAAAGACGACGGCUGGUGCUGGAGGUUCCGGGUCUGGCGAGAGGAAUGAUGAGCAGGACGGUGCUGGUGCUGGAGGUUCGGGGUCUGGCAAGGAGGUCGAUGAGCAGGACGGUGCUGGUGCUGGAGGUUCGGGGUCUGGCAAGGAGGUCGAUGAGCAGGAAACGGCUGGUGCUGGAGGUUCAGGGUCUGGCAAGGAGGGCGAUGAGCAGGAAACGGCUGGUGCUGGAGGUUCGGGGUCUGGCAAGGAGGGCGAUGAGCAGGAAACGGUAAGCUGGUGCUGGAGGUUCAGGGACAGGCAAGGAGGUCGAUGA